AUGCAGAGGACCGGUCCAGCGCCGAAUGUGGUCACCUACAACUCGCUGAUCAGCGCCUGUGGCAAGGGACAGCAAUGGCUCCAUGCUAUUCAUCUUUUGGCUGAAGCGCGGCAGGCCAAGCUUCGGCCAGGUAUCGUUGCUCUUAACUCAGCCACCACUGCUUGCGAGAAAGGCCGCCAAUGGCAACAUGCAGAGCAACUGCUCAGGAAUGGAGAGGCAGCAGGCCUCAAGCUUGACAUUAUUGGUUUCUCUGCAGCCACAAGUGCAUGUGAGAAAGGGUGGGAGUGGAACCGAGCAGUGGGGCUGCUCCAAGAAAUUCGCCAACGGCAGCUGCUAGAGGUUGUUUCCUGCAACGCUGCACUGAGUGCAUGUGGGCAGUGCAGCCAGACCAGAGCUGCCUUGGCAAUCUUUCGUUCCAUGCGCAAGGAGAGCAUUUACCCGAGCCAGGUGUCCUACAAUGCAGCCAUGUCAGCAUGCUCUGCAGGUGGCCGAGACAAGGAAGCAUUAGAGCUCCUUGCUGAGAUGCAUCAUACCCGUUUCAGCCCGGACCUGACCACGUACAACUGUGCUGCGACUGCCUGUGGAAGGGCUUCCAUGAGGCUGGGGAGCGCUCUGACCUUGAUAGAAGAAGCAGAGCAAUCUCGGCUAAAGCCAGAUGUGCUUAGCUUCCUAGCUUUGGUACCAGCCCUGGGAUGUUCAGCCGAACCGAAUUUGAGACUCGCCUUCGCUUUGGAUCAGGCAGAGGCUAUCCUCGGCGACAAGCCUCCAGAUCUGCCAAACGCCUUGGGGCUGAGUUUGGCACUUGCAGAGGCCCUGGCAUCCGAAGAACGAUUGCACGGUGGAAGCUUGCAGCAGCUUCACAAGUCGAGGUACAAACUUGCCUACCAGAAGUUGCAUUGCUUGACCAGCAGCUGGCCGUCUCCUGCGGAACGGCUCCAGGACCCUGUGCUGGAGAAGCAAAACAGCUUAGGUGCCUUUUUCACAGCCGCAUCACUGACAGACCUUUGGCUGGGCCCAACAAAACAGAGCGUGCCACUGAGUUACGAGAAUCAACUGCCGUAG